AUGUCUCUGACUCUAAAGAUUGGAUCGCUUGCCAUUCGAACCUUCGCCAAGCCGGUUGCCAACUACAUCAAGAGAAAUGCCCACGAGCACGACCGAUUCCGCAGGGGCUGCAUCUCCUUCGCCCAACGCCUCCACCGCAUCGACAUGCGCCUCCGCCUCGGCCUCCUCCAGGACCCUGCCGUCAUCGAACGCCAGAUCCAGCGCGAGAUCAAGGACGCCGAGGCGAAGCGACUCGCGCUCCAGAACAUGCCGACGGUCAAGACCGAAUCGGAAACGCUCGUGUCCGAGGAGAUAGCGAAGCGGGAGCGCCAGGGGAUACGGGAGAAGGUGCGGUCGGAGAAGCAUAUACCGCGGAUCCGGCCGCUGUCGGAGGCGAAGGCGAUAGAAACAGGGGCGAAUUUCAUGAGCGAGGCGUUCAUGUUCCUGGUCGCGGGAGCGAUCAUCGUGUUCGAGUCGUGGAGGAGCCGAAGGAAGGAGUUGAAUAGAAGAGAUAUGGUCGCGGAUCGGUUGGAGGCUUUGGAGGCGGAGAAAACUGAAUUGCAGAGCAAGAUCGAGCAGUUGGAGGCGGUGGUAUUAGGGAAGAAGGCGGCCGUUCCGUCAUCGCAGGCGGACGACACGGGAGCAGCCAUGACACAGGCGGUCGGUAAGGAGCCUAGGUCGAUAUUGGCUUCCCUCCCGGAUAUUCGGAAGGUCUUCUCUAAACGAGAUACUUAA